AUGGGUAAUUUCACUAUCAUCAUGGAAUUCCUCCUUAUGGAGUAUUCCAGCAUCCAGGAGUUGCAGGUCUUACAUGCUAUAUUAUUCCUAUUGAUUUAUAUGGCAACCCUGAUGGGUAAUUUUCUCACUAUUGCUGCCAUUGUCACUGAUCCACACCUUCACUCUCCAAUGUACUUUUUUCUGUGCAACUUAUCAUUGUUGGAUAUUGGCUGUAUCUCAGUCACUCUUCCCAAAUUCAUUGUGAAUUCCCUGACAGACAAUCAAAUAAUUUCUUUACUUGGUUGUGCUUUUCAGAUAUUUUUCUUUAUUUUAUUUGCAACAACAGAGGUUGCUUUGCUUGUUGCCAUGUCCUAUGAUCGCUUUGUGGCAAUCUGUCAACCCCUGUACUAUGGAGUAAUCAUGACACCAACCCGAUGUGUUUUGGUGGUAACCAGUUCAUGGCUCACUGGGUGUGUCUAUUCAGCUAUACAUACAGGGAACAUGUUCCGCUUACCUUUCUCAGGAUCAAAUGUGAUCCAACAGUUUUUUUGUGAUAUCCCUCAUGUUUUGAAGGUCUCAUCCUCUGAGGUUCGUGAUACUGAGUAUGUGCUCCUUGCCAUUAGUUCAACUUUAGUGUUAUUCUGCUUUGGUUUUUUAAUUAUAUCCUAUACUUAUAUUUUCUCUACUGUACUUAAAAUGCCCUCUGUGGAAGGACGCUAUAAAGCUUUGUCUACCUGUUCCCCUCAGUUGAUUAUCUUCCUAUUAUUUGUUCUUGUUGGUGUGGUCACAGUCCUAGGUCCCUUAUCAGACACAUCACCAAUUCAGAAUCUUUUGAUUUCGAUGAUCUAUACAAUUUUGCCUCCAUUCAUGAACCCCAUAAUCUAUAGUCUGAGAAACACAAAAAUCAAAAUUGCAAUCUGUAGGAUAAUCAAAACAGUAAUUUUCCCCCAAGAAGGAAGUAUUAAGAUUUGA